GAACAGCCGCCUGCUAGAUUAAGGAGCAAGAUGAGCGGCCGGCGAAGCACCAAAACCGAUACGCCUGGAAGCCAAACUUCCGGCAAAAAGAUCAACGAGAUGGAAGUAAGCGGAAAGUUUAAGCCGUACUCGGAGAUCACCGGAGUCUGCCAUCGCUGCAGAGAACAGAUCUACUGGAAGCGCCGGUACGGAAAAUACAAGCCCUCAUCGAGCCUGCCAAAUGCCAGCAAUGCUCCAAGCGUAAUGUUCGUCAGGCUUAUCACAAUCUAUGUUCCGGCUGUGCUAAGGAGCAAAAUGUAUGUGCAAAGCGUUGUUGUCGUGUGGAUCAAAUAAUUAGAAAGGGACUCUGCUGAAAGAGAGGCUGAGCAAAAAAUGCUUGAGGAGGCAAUCAAGAAUGCUUGAGAGAGGGACAGAAGAACCUUGUUACGAGCUCCGAACAAAGAUAAAUCUUAAAGUUCAGGAAAAAUCACAACCAACAAAGAGAAUGGUCGGGUGAGUGAGUUGUUCCCUGAGACAUCCCUUGAAGAAUAUGCCAAGCAAAGUGUAAAGGAACACCAUGUCAAUCAUGAUGAUGACAAUGCUGAUGAUCAUGAGAACAGUAACCCUGAUAACAAUAAUUAUGAUAGUGAAGUUAAUUAUAAUGAAUAUGUCAAGGAUGGUGAAGAAGAUUAAGAUGAAGAUGAAACUUUGAACUAAGAUGGGUAUGGGUUAUUUUUCAAGAUCUUUUCUUCUAUAUUUCCCUAAUCAUUGUUUAUAAGUUGCAGCAAGUAACUAUUUUUUCCCCUUUAUGCUGUGGUACGUGGGAUAGAAUAUAAUAUCAUAUUCUAGGAAAUGAUAAGAGUCUCUUUGUUGCGGGCAAUGAAGAUGAUGAUCCCUUCAGUUCAGUCCAAGUCUAAUGCAAUGAACUUUACAGAAAAAGGAUGUUGCUUCACCUGGUCAGUUAUACUUUGAUGAAGAAACCUUGGGGAAGACACCAUCACAAUCUCCUUUUGCCAAGUUUUCUUUUCUGGAUCUACUUGUUAACAGCCCUCUCUAACAUAAAUCAAGUACGUCCAGUUCAUGUGAUUCACCUCUUUUGCUCCAAGAAGUUUCAAUUCACUUAUUUCUGUUGAUUUUUUUAUUUAUGAAAAAAAUGGCUUUCUGUAACCUUGCUGCAGACAGUUAUCUCUUUUGGUAUUUACUGAUUAAAUUCCUCUCCACUUG